UGUUUCUUCACUUGUAAACGUCUAAAGUGCUAUUUGUCAAUAUAUAAUCAAACAAAUAUGUACUGUUUCGCAAUUAGUCACGUCACUCGAAAAACACCUCUUCUCAAUAUUUUCUCAAUACUAUUAUUCCAAAUGUGCUUGGGCAGUAAUGUAAAUUUUAGAGAAUAUUAUGGCACUCGUGUUCCACCUCCUGUAACUGCCAUUCCAGAAGCAGACAAAUUAACUCAGAUGUCAAACAUCAGAUCAGAAACUGAGUGUUUUUCUCUUUGUAUGACAUAUUCUAAAUGUGGUAUGAUCGUUUACAGCGUUUCCGAUGAAGUAUGCAUCGUGCGUAAAAUCAAGCAAUUACCUGGUGCCACAUCAUUUAUCGACAUUCCGGCAAAUAGUAUUUACACAGUGCUUCAAGCUCCUGAAUGUCCUACCUCAGCCGGCUACAUUUAUCGACCAGAAUUUAGAUUAUGCUUUCAAAUAGGUUCUAAGGAAAUUUCAUGGAAUGACGCCGCAGACAAUUGCAAUAACGAUCGGGGACGACUUAUCCACCUGAAAAAUUUGGAAGUGAACAACUAUAUCAGAACACUAAUAGCAUCGAGUCUGUUGCGAAACAAAUGGUUCCAUUUUGGAGUCUUUAAAGAUGAUAGUAAGAACGUCUUUGCAUGGCAGAAUGGAGACGCACUUGUAUUUACUUUCUGGAGAAGCGGUUCCCCUGACAAUUAUGGAGGCAAUCAGAAGUGUACAGCUUUGGAUCCACGCUAUGGUCACAAAUGGAAUGAUAUUGAUUGCGGUAUAGUGAACCUCGGGAUACAUAUGUGCGAAAUUGUUGUCCUUUAA